CCCGCAGCUGCCAGUGCUGCGGGACUUCCCGGAGCGGAGGCUUCCCUGCCGGUCGCACCAUCCCUGGCUGCCGGGUCUCAGUCCCGUGCUUCCCGCGGGGCAGGGUGGCGGCUCUUCUCUAGGAAUUUCACAACCCUCCGAGCACCGGCCCCUUCAGCCUGCUCCUUAGUUUAGCCCUUUGCCUCCCCGGCAGCGUCCUGCUGUAAAUGAAUCCCCACGACCCCCCCGAGCGGUGGGGAAGCAGCCCCUAGACCCUGCCCUCCCUCAGUUGUGCCAUGUAGCCUUGACAGGGGGCCGGCUCGUGCCUCACCCCGCGCUACUGCAGCCAGACACGCUGGGUGCAGAGCUGCAGCCCUCAAGCCUCCUGCAGUCCUGCUCUUACUUGUGCACAGAUUUCCCCCCCCCUCCCCCUUUUGAAUCAUGGGUUUCCCUGAGCCCUUGUUUCCAGGGCCCCCUCCUAGUGUAGAGGGAGCCAGCUCAAAGCCAAAGGAAUUUAUUUUAACACUUUGCCCAGAGCAAUCUGAUUGCACAAAGCACUGACAGGAAAGUAGCCCAGUUAGACCAAGUGGUGUGAGACAGCUCCAGCUUAGGGAGGUUAUCCUGCACCUAUUUAUAGAUCCCUUCCUGUACCCAACUCCACCCAUCACAGAGGUUUACCGAGCAGCCGGAUUCCCAUCUUCUGUUUCCUGAAAUACAUUUGCAUUCCCGGUGCCUGAUCAAUCAUACUUCUUGUUACAGUACAGACCUGGAGGGCUGGGGGAAGGGACAAGGCAGGGGCCACAUGUUAGAUGCCAACAGUCAUGCUAAUGGCCCACUUCUCUGUCACCUAGUAAAAGCCCAGGAGCUAAAACUGGGAUGUUCAUGUAGGAAGAGGAAGAAGAUUGGCCUUUGGGUUGUCAUCUUGGGCUGGAUAGUUGAGGAAAUGGUCACCAAUACAGCUGAGUUGCUUUAUCCAGUUGCUCAGCUCUUCUUGCAAAGGUGUUUCAUGUUGCAAAGUUCCUUUUUCUAGCCUUACCUUGACUCCUAAUUUGGUGUCACCUUGUCUGCUCCCUCUGAGCUUGAUUUCCUUUUUGGCUGUUUGGGUCUUGGGACAGAAGUGCAGCCUGCUUAUGAUUCGUAAAUCAUAUGAAAAGCACUUCUUAAUCUUUUGCCUGCUGAGCUUUUGGAACUGAUAGUGCCUGAGAUUGGAAAUUACUGGCAUCUAGGACUGAGACAGAAAGUUAGGGUUCUGCUAGUUGUAAAUAGGUCAGAUGAGACAUGAUCUAUCUUUUAAAUUAAGAUGAUCAUAGAUUGUGUGUUUGGCCAGUAAAUGGAUAUGCUUUUUUUUUUUUUUUAAUUCCAGUUUCUCCUAUUAGCAGGGAAAAUCUGUUUUCUUACCAAUUAGCUACUUGGAUGACAGUAAAGGGGAGAAAAAGCAAGGGACUGCUUUUUUUUGGCAGAGCCACAAAAAUCAAUGAGGUCCUCAUGUUGGCUGUGCAGCAGCAGCAGCAGAAUAGAGCUGUGCUGUCUCUGGUAGUGCUAAUACACCGAGUCCACGUUGGCCAAUUAAGGAGACACAAUCUAGGAGGAGAAAGUAAUGCUAUUCUCAGGCUUCUGCACCAAUCAUUACUGACCAGAGGGAAUUAAAGAAGAAACCAUUUAAAAAGUAGUUAACAAUGUCUGUUUAAUAACUAAUGCUGGCAUGGCAGUGCUAAGCUCCUAGCCAAACUGCACCUGUCACACAAGGUUCAGUGUUCUGGGGUCUGCUUUCUACCAAGGCCUUUCUUGAUUCCCUGGAACAAUCCUGGGAUUGAAAAAUGGUAUUUUAGAGUCUUUGUUUCAGUGCUUUUACUGCACUAAGUAGCUUCUUCAUGAAGUCUUUCUACAAUUUGUUCAUUUUAACGAAUCCUGGUGGGUAAUUGAAUAAGCUCGGCUGGGCUAAGUUUUUUUUCCUCCUUGUUUCUUCUUUUUCACUCUGUUAAAUGUUCCCUUGAUCCUUUUUCUGACCCAAACCCAGAUUGUAAAGUCUUUUUUUGAAAGUGGAAGAAAAUAAAAUGUUGCUGAAUCUUUCUUAGAAAUCUGUGAUAGCUGUAAAAGAGUAUGUAUCUUCUGUUUAAUUUCACUGUACAAAAUGGCCCAAGAACUGACUAGGCAGCACAAAAUCUACUCAAUUCCCUCUUAACCAUAAUGAUGGUAAGGACUAGCUCCCUUCAGCCCCCCAAAAGUUAUUUUAUUUAAAAGAAAAAACAAACCUUUUCACUUCAGAUAGACAGGCAAGUUAUAUUUCCCUGGCUAAUUUAAUUGGCAUGCCGGAUUUUUAAUUAGCUCCUGGAGCUUUCAGAAUAACCCUUCUGUGCUAGUGCUUCCCAAGUGCUGGUGCUUCAGGCUCUGUGGCUGGGAUUCUACAUUUUCCCCUUAUCCUACUUUACCUGCAGUAAGAGCCCAGCAUAAAGGCUUGUGCUUGGCUCUCCUCCACUGACAGAUUGGGUAGAAGUGAAUAGGAAGCAGCAGGCACUGACCAUUGCACCCUAAGUUUGGCUCUGUUGGUAUGUGGUAUUUAACCGGAAGAUGCCUCUCUCAAACCUUCCUGCAUCCCCCCACAUCUACACUACAAUGAACUACUUUAGUAAAACAGCCUUUCCCAUCUCAGUAGAUGCUGGAACUGGGUCCUGCCUAGAGAGUUCAUUAACAAGCUUCUAGAACCAUAGUGUUGCUGGCUUAAAUCAUACCUUGUUUCUUUCUCUUUCCCUUUUUCCUUUUCUUUCUUUCUCUUUUGUUUUUUUCCACCCUUUUGAUCAGAACCGGCUUCCCUUUCUCCAGUGUUGGGAUCUUUACACCAGUCCAUGCCGCAGUGCCUCGCCCGACUGGCUGCGCCAUUGGCCCUGCUGGCUUGGACCUAACCUAGGAUAAGCCUCUGCGUGGGCCUGGGUAGGGGGGAGCCAUGGGGAGCUCUGCCUCGUCGCUGGCCGCAGAGACGGAGUCGGACCAUGGCUUCACUAGCCCACCCUACCCGGGGCACCCGGCUGCAGGCUGGUAUAGGAGUAGCCACAGUGGCCCUGUUUGGGAAAGUGCCCUUAUAACACGGCAGCAUCAGCACUUGCAUCACCGGGCACGAAGUCACACCCACUCUCCUGGUUCUAUGGCUGCUGUGCGGGAGUGGUCCUGCACGCGCUGCACCUUCCUGAACCCUGUGGGACAGCGGCAAUGCUCCAUUUGUGAGGCUCCCCGCCAGAAGCCAGACCUCAACCACAUCCUGAGGCUCAGUGUGGAGGAGCAGAAAUGGGCCUGUGCCCGCUGCACCUUCAGAAACUUCUUGGGCAAAGAGGCCUGUGAGGUGUGUGGCUUCAUGCCAGAACCCGGGCCGGGCGGCACCCCACUGCCCAUCAUCAACGGUGUCCUGCCCAAGCCCACCGUGCUGGUGGAACCCAAGGGGAUCUCCAAGGAGGAUGUACACAAAGCUGAGAGCAGCAGUGAGGAGUCAGGUGGGAAGAGCCCCGAGGAGACAGAGCUGGAGAAUGGCUGGGCCUGCCAGCGCUGCACGCUGCACAACACACCUGUGGCCAACUCCUGCUCAGCCUGUGGGGGGCCACGCAAACUCUCACUGCCCAAGAUCCCUCCGGAGGCACUGGUGGUCCCCGAGGUCAUCGCCCCUGCUGGGUUCCACAUGGCCCCUGCCGCCCCUCAGCCCGGCGUCUCUAUAGAGAUCACAGACAGCGACCCUGUGGCCAGUCAGGGCUCCACAGCCAUGGAGCAGGAUGCUCAGAAGAUGCCAACCUUCAGCCCCUUCUCCCCUGGCCUGCAGAACAACCCUGUGCCCAGGAGCCGCAGGGAGGUGCCACCCCAGCUGCAGCCACAGGUAUCCGAGACCUCUCAGCCCACGGCUCAGGCUGCAGCUGGGCAGAAGGGAUCUCCACAAGGCCAGGCCCGGGUCCCCCCUGUUGCCCGCUUUCAGGAGCUGUUGUGCACCAAGCGUCUGAGUGUGCUGGAGGAGGAGAUGGAAGUCAGCCCAUCACACUGGAAGUGUAGCACCUGCUCCCUGCUCAAUUCUGCUGGGGCUAGCAAGUGCGAGGCCUGCAGUGCUCAGAAGAGCAGUGACACGAUUGACCUGGCAGGCGACUCAGUGAGGUUCACCCCCUGUAGCCCUUCAAGCCCUGACUUUACCACGUGGUCCUGUUCCAAAUGCACCCUAAAAAACCCCACCCUUGUGCAGAAGUGCAAGGCCUGUGGCUCCUCCAAGCUGCACGGCUUCCAGGAGCAUGGAGUGCAGAGUGAAUCAGCCCCCAAGUGUCCCGACUGUGGCAUUGACAAGGGGAGCUGUGCCUCUUGCAGCAGCAAGGCCCCGUCAGCCCGCAAGGUGGCCUGCCUCUUCCCCUCUCAGCCACCCUUGGUCCAGGAUAGGCUGAACCAGUGGCCAUGCCCUGCUUGCACCCUGCUCAAUGAACUGAAGGCCAAGCAUUGCGUGGCCUGCCACACUCCCCAGCAGUACAUGACCCAGCGCAAGGGUGCCAAGCCACUCAAGAGGCGGGAAAGCAUGCAUGUGGAGAAGAGGCGGCAGACGGAUGAGGGUGAGGCCAAGGCCCUGUGGGAAAACAUCGUGACUUUCUGUCGGGAGAACAAGGUGAAUUUUGUGGAUGACAGUUUCCACCCCGGGCCCAAAUCCGUAGGGUUCCCGGAUGGGGACAGUGUCCAGCAGAGAGUGAAGCAAUGGCUGCGGCCUCAUGAAAUCAACUGCAGCAUCUUCAAGGACCAGUCUGUCAAGUGGUCGGUGUUCCGGACACCCCGGCCCUCGGACAUCCUGCAGGGACUGCUGGGAAACUGCUGGUUCCUGAGUGCACUGGCAGUGCUGGCAGAGCGCCCCGAGCUGGUGGAGAGGGUCAUGAUCACACGGACACUGUGCCCAGAGGGGGCCUACCAGGUGCGACUUUGCAAGGAUGGCACGUGGACCACAGUGCUGGUGGAUGACAUGCUGCCAUGUGAUGAGUGUGGCUACCUCCUCUUUUCCCAGGCCCAGAGGAAGCAGCUGUGGGUAGCCCUCAUUGAGAAGGCUCUGGCCAAGCUACAUGGUUCGUACUUUGCCCUCCAGGCAGGGCGUGCUAUUGAAGGCCUGGCUACGCUAACCGGCGCCCCUUGCGAGAGCCUGAUGCUGCAGGUCAGCUCCACUAACCCUCGCGAGGAGCCCAUUGACACUGACCUCAUCUGGGCCAAAAUGCUGAGUUCUAAGGAGGCUGGGUUUCUAAUGGGCGCAUCCUGUGGUGGCGGAAACAUGAAGGUGGAUGACGCGGCCUACGAGAGCAUGGGCCUUCGCCCACGGCAUGCUUACUCCAUAUUGGACGUACGGGACGUGCAAGGCUUCAGGCUCCUACGGCUCCGUAACCCUUGGGGCCGUUUCUCCUGGAAUGGUGACUGGUCCGACGAGUGGCCUCACUGGCCAACACACCUGCGACAUGAUCUGAUGCCGCACGGGAGCAGCGAGGGCGUCUUCUGGAUGGAGUACAGCGAUUUCAUCAGGUAUUUCGAUUCAGUGGACAUCUGUAAGCUGCAUUCAGACUGGCAUGAGGUUCGAGUGCAGGGCACCUUCCCCAACAAGGCCAGCGGGCCUGUCACAGUGACCUCACUGACAGUGCUGGAGCGUGCCACACUGGAGUUUGCCCUUUUCCAGGAGGGCAGCAGGCGCUCUGACAUGAUGGACAGCCAUUUGCUAGACCUGUGCAUCAUGGUGUUCCGGGCCACAUUCACCAGUGGGAACAAACUGAGCCUGGGCCGGCUGAUGGCGCACAGCAAGCGGGCAGUGAAGAAGUUUGUGAACUGUGAUGUCAUGCUGGAGCCUGGAGAGUAUGCAGUUGUGUGCUGUGCCUUCAACCACUGGAACACAGCCUCCGCCCAGGUCUCUAGCCCCACCAGCAGCAGCGGGCGCCCCCCAACCGACUACUCCAGCUACAUCCUGGCCAUCUACAGCUCCCGCCUGGUGAUGGUGGAGCAGAUUGAAGCACAGCCCACCACGCUGGCCGAUGCCAUCAUCCUGCUGACAGAGAACAAGGGCGAACGGCAUGAGGGCCGUGAGGGGAUGACCUGCUACUACCUGACGCACGGCUGGGCAGGGCUCAUUGUGGUGGUGGAGAACCGGCACCCCAAGUCCUACCUACAUGUCCAGUGCGACUGCACAGACAGCUUCAAUGUGGUGUCCACGCGGGGCAGCCUGAAGACCCAGGACAGUGUGCCACCUCUGCACCGGCAAGUGCUGGUGAUCCUCUCCCAGCUGGAAGGCAACGCUGGGUUCUCCAUCACCCACCGCCUGGCGCACCGCAAAGCCACCCAAGCUUUUCUUAAUGACUGGAUGUCUACAAAAGGGACCCACAACCCACUGCUCACACCUGAGGUGGCUGGGCUGCACGGACCCCGGCCACUAUGACAAAUGGCCCAGCCUUCCCCACCCUUCUUCUGCUUCUGCCUUUUUGCUUUAAUCAAGUCCCUGGCCCCUUUGGCUUCAGGCUUCUUCCCCAGCUGGCAUUACUGAGCCACUGCAGGGGUGGAGGCAGGAGCGCGAGCCUCAUGCCAAGCGCCUUGCCUUAUGCCUGCUCUACUUCCAUGGGGUGGGCUGGGGCUAAGGAGGACUCAGGACCCCCCUGGCUUCCUCCCUGUAUCUGCACACCCCUUCUUCCUCACCAACUCACGCACUUUACGAGGAGCCGUCAGGAGUGCGGGAGCAACAGCGUGGCUUGAAUCAUGGCAAUCUCAGGAUCUGGGCCCUCCCCACUGGAGUCCAGGGCCUCUCAUCCCCUUCUCCACCCCUUCUCAUGGGAAGGAUCGCUGCCACUCACCAGGAAGAAGUCUGGGCACCUUGGCAAGACUUGGAGAGGGGAGUCGGUAGGACAGGUCCCUCCCCUCCCCCAUGGCAUGCUCAGGACUCAGCCCCCUUUCCUAGUGUCAGAACCCUAAGGCUGUGAAAAAUAUACCUCUGACCAACUUUUGUCCAUCUGUGUGAACCCCAGUGCCCAGCUGGUAUUGCUGUGCAAGAGAUCAGCUGGGUGCCACUCUAAAGUAGGGUUACCAAGGCUGAAUUGGUCCUGCAGAGCUGACUGGAGUGUUGGACAUCCCAAGAGGCUGGGGAAUGUGGGCUGGAGCUGUGUCAGGGUCAUGGGGAAGUGGGAGGAUGUGGAAUGGAUGCGGGGGGAGGUUGCUGCAGCUGUGUAUGUGUGGUAUUGCCCUCCCCAGCCAGGCUUGUGGAAUAGGAGGGCGUCAGUCCCUCUGUCUAGGGCUGGCAGGCUGGUGGCUGAGGGCAGGGACAAAGCGCUCAGGCUGGGAUUGAACACACCCAGUGUGAUAGAAGAUACUGGGAAGUUCCUUUUUCCCCAAACAGCUGUGCCCUGCAGCUGGGGCCUUCUGCCUCAAAGGCUUGUGGAACUUGUAGUUCUCUUGUCCCCUAGCCACGAUCUGUAUCCUUGGAGGCAACUUCUUCGUAGUGGGCAGGAGUUGGAGGCUGCUUGUUACUGCUGGGAAGGCAGCUGAUUCACAGCAUCUUGUACCAAAAAUCGCAUCGAGCAGCCCUUUCCUCUGUUGUGCUGUGGGCUAUGGGGCAGAUGAGGGGCUCCUGCCUCUUGGAGUGUGGGGUGGCCCGCCUCCAGCCCAGUGCCAGCAAGGGCACUUCAACUCAUUACUAUGCAACUGUGACCACCAAGCACAGCACUAGGAGAGAAGCCACGAGCCCUGAGCUGGAGAACCACUGCCCCCAUUCACAUGCCCUGCUUCCUCUGGCUCCUCCAUAUCUGGCCUCAGCCCCAGGUGGAGGGGAUAAGGGUUCCUUCCAAGCACCGCUGGGCCUCUGCUCCCUGGUGGCUGAGUUGCAUUCACCUGCCAGGUAAAAGCAGUCUGGGAAUGGGGCCAGUGUGAGAGCCCAGUUGCAAAGACCCAGUACAGGGCUUGGGCUCUCCAGGGCUGUUGAUGCCAGCCUGGGUCAGUGGGUGUGGGGCAGAGGGAUGCAGGUACAGGGUAGCGGGUACAGGGUUUCCAGCCAGCAUGUGGGGCUCAGACACAGGGUUGGGGGUUGCAGUUUUCCCAAGUCUCAGGGCCUGGACUCAGCCCCAGUUUAACACAUUGCUGUGCACUGUUCUAGAUGUGUUUUGUAUAAUCACUUUGAGGAAUCAGCGGGAUCUAGCUCAAUCUGCCAGUGCUUUGCUGACAGAUCUAGUCCCUCCCAGGCCCCCUUCCCCCUGAGGUAAACCUUGCACCUGCCGGCAGGGCCAGACAUCUGCCCAGGCAGGACCUGGGCUCUGUGAGGCAGGAGCGUUGUGAGCCCAAUGGGAGCGGAGGCCGAGGUUCACUGGGUGGGAGAAAAGCCAGCAGUACAGGCAGUUCCUGUGGGCUAAAUCCUGCUCCCAUGGAAGUGAAUGGACCUCAGGGGCUGCUGGGGGUGCAGCCUGCUGGUGAAAUGUACCCGGCCAGGGGGCCCAUGCUGCCACCUCUUUGUCCAGCUGGGUCCUAUGCACAUGCUGUCAGUGACGGGGUGGACCUAUUCCUACCUGGGAUGGGAUGGAUGGGAGCCCCUCACCAUUCACAUGGAAUGGAGGAGUGGGGAGGGUGUCUGUGCAGUGCACAGGGCAUGGCUAAAUGGGGCCAUGCCUCUCCCUUAUAACACAAGUCCUUUGGCAUUAAAAUCUUGGGGGGUUGCAGUUCUUAUUUAAGCUUUGCUGUAACCUCCACUCGGGCUCCUGGGAAAUGCAGGAGGUCACUUGGGCAGGGCAGGGCUGGAAGCCCUUGUAAGGAGAGGCAGGUCAGUUUUGCUCUCUGUUCUUUCCUUCCUUCAGUCUGAUUUCUGUAGAGGUCCUGAGCUCCUGCCCCUGCUCUCAGUCCCCAGGCAGGCAGCCAGGUGCCCUGGGCCCUGGCUUGCUUGCAUCAAGGGAUUCCCUAUAGGACUGCGUAAGAGGGUGAGGCCUGCACAGUUGGGUCCCAGGCUGCUUGCACCCCAUGGGUCUCCCCCAAACCAGCGCUCUGCCCUGGGAGAUGGCAGCUCCAUCACUCUACUUUGGAGACCAGGCUGGGGGCAGGCUGAUGUUCUUAUGGGCAUGGGCAGGGGCUGCCAGUGCCAAGGUUUUAUUCUGCCCUUCCUUUGGACCCUCAGUGUUGUGUUUCCCCUCUAGAUGCCUCAGUUCUGUGGCAAGCAUAGGGCACAUCUCCCCGUCCUCUUGUGUUCACCCCCACCUCCUGUUCACUGGGAUGGGGGUGACUCAGACUGGGGGUGCCCUGUGAGGAGUCCUCCUCCUACAUCUGUCUGUUGCCCCUCGGGCCCUGCUGGUCCCUAGGAAACGGAUCGGCCGAGCCAAGCUGUGUUUGUACUUUUCUUUGUCAGCCUGUCUUCUCCCCUUCCCCACUUGGAUAUUUUUUGUCCUUUUUUUCUCUCUGGUUCUGUCAUUCUCUUUCUGAGCUGUGAAUAUUUUUAACCCUGUAAAUACUGUCCAGCCCUUAUGAAACAUAGGCUAUUUUAUCAAUUGUAAAUCAAAUCCGUAAUCCCUGUAUGAUAUGAAUUAUCCAUGGAUGGUUUUCAAACUCAGGUUCCGAUGGACCAAAUAAAGUUUUGUUUUUUAAUUAA